AUGAGAUUACUCCCUAGUGGAGGAAUCAGUGUCGAUGGACCUCCAACAACUCUAAGUGGUACCGGUGUUGAUCGCAUUGCCUUCUUGCAAGCCAACGUAACCCGAGACAACACCAAAACUGUGAACGGAGCUACUGUUGGAGAGAGGAAUAUCUUUCAGGUGGAUCAAGGAUUAGGUAUAGGAAGCAAUUUCCCGUUCUUCAAUAGGCAUCAACUAACGUUAACAAGAUUCAUUCAGCUGAAGCAAGUAGAAGAAGGAUCCGGCGAACCACAACCACCGGUUCUAGUCCUCCACGGGCAUUACGGUGGCUGCGUAGGCGAUCUUCCGAGCUACGAUGCGUUUGUUCUCGGUGGACCUUACUCUGUUCGAGGCUACAACAUGGGAGAGCUCGGUGCAGCUAGAAACAUUCUCGAGCUUGGCGCUGAGAUUAGAAUACCUGUGAAGAACACGCAUGUGUAUGCAUUUGCUGAGCAUGGAAACGAUUUGGGUAGCUCAAAGGAUGUGAAAGGGAAUCCAACGGCGGUUUACAGGAGGAUGGGACAUGGUUCUGCGUACGGUUUCGGUGUGAAGCUUGGUCAGGUGCGAGCUGAAUAUGCUUUUGACCAUAACUGUGGAACCGGUUCUCUGUUUCUCCGGUUUGGAGAGCGGUAUUAA